UCUCUGCUCCUACUUCUCAAAAUCAAAGCAGAAUCCGUCACCUCUCUUACCUCAUUCACAAUUCUCUCUUUUUCUACUCUCCUUCGUUCCAUCGUUCUCAGCCAGCCGCCUGGUCUCUGAAUCCGAAUUCAGAUUUCUUCAAUCUGAUCGAAAAGAGUUAGCUUUUUUUUUUUUUAAUUUCUAGGGUUUGACCGAGGAAGGUGGUGUUGUUCAAUUGCCUUGAAAUCUUUGUUCACUUCGAUCCUUCCAUUCGUGGGUGAUAUGGAUUCUCUGCAACUGCAACUCUGACUACUACUACUCAAAACGUGGAUACAAGUUUCUCUUUAUCAGCAGGCAAUGGGAGAGCAACGUCAGAUAAGAUCACGUUUGUCCAAUGGAAUGCCAACGAAGAGAUGCACUGCAAAUGGCGUAAUGAACGAGUUUAUUGUGGUGGAUGAUGAUGAGGUCAUCAUUCUUGAUUUUCCCGAGUCGUCAUCAUCCAAAGGCAAAGCCCCUGGAACUUCAAGAACAAGGAACCAGCCCGUUUUGCAGAGAGUGAUUAGCAUUGACGACGACGAUGAUGAUGAUGAUACAGAGAAUGUUCACAAAGAUGGGAGUAGUUCAAGUGGUAACUCUAAUCCUGCUAACUUGCAAACAUCUGUACAUGAUGAUGAUGAUGAUGAUUGCCAGUUCGUUCAAGAAAAGCGUGCUUCUGCGUUUAGAUUUUCAAAAUGCAACAAUAAGGCUUUCUCUACAAUGCCAUCCUCUUCUGGAACUCGGUUUGGUUUAGAUACUGAUUCGGACUCUGAUUUUUCAGAGAGUGACUGUUCUGAUUGUGAGAUUUUAGAAGGUUCUCAAGGAGAGGUACGCGAGCAGUGGGAGAAAGCUUUUUUGGAGAAAAGGAAGAAAGCUGGUCUGAGUGAGGAGGCUGCUGGUCCUUCACAUCUCCACUGUGACACUAAUUUCAGGCCUGUUUUUGGUUUUGGUUUUGGUUUUGAGAGUACAACUUAUCAACGUAAUCCAACAUCUUCCUUUUUCACAGCACGAAAUGGAGAAAGGGGUAAAAAAGCCUCUUCAGCUUUCUUUGGAACAGAGAAAUCAGGUAAAGCUGGUCUGAGCGAGGAAGCUGGUCCUUCAAAUCUCCACGGCGACAGUAAUUUCAUGUCUGGUUUUGAGAGUAGAACUUAUCAACAUGAUCAACCAUCUUCCUUUGCUUCAAGAAAUGCAGAUAACACUAAAGAGAGGUCUUCAACUUUCUUUGGAGCCGAGAAGUCAGGUAAAACUGGUCGGAGUGAAGAGGCUGGUCUUUCAGAUCUCCACUGUGGAAAUAGGACAGAACAACAUGAUCAAGCAUCUUCCUUCUUUACUGCAAGAAAUCCAGAUGGUCGGAAAGACACCUCUUCUACUUUAUCUGGUUCAGAAGUGGAGAGAGACAACCUAGCUGAAAAAUGUGCUAAUUCAAGGUUUUUCAGUAAAGAGGGUUUUGCAGAGCCUUCGUCACCGUCACCCGAAAUACAAAUUGAACAUGAAAGGUCAAAUUCAGCUACAACUGAUUCUACAUCGUCAAAAGAACAGAGAAAACAGAAUAGUUUCAAAGAAGUUGAGAAACAGCCAGACACAGUGCCAGUGCAGUGUGACACUUCUCAGUGUCCCAAAGAGAAUCAAAAGAAAAGGACAGCAGAAAAAUUGUAUACCAAGGAAGUUGUACAGGAAGAAGACGCCUCAAAAUCGUCUCCGCCAAGCACUUCUGAUGGGGUUGGCGAUACGCCACCUGUGGGUGGCGUAAGUAAUGGAGCCAGAAGUGAGCGUGGUGGGAUAGGUGAAUCAAGGGAACCGAUCAUUGAUCCUAUCCCAUCUACUAGUGAACAAGUGCAAGGUACAGCUCCUGCAGUUGAUGUCAUGCUUAACAGAGAAAUGUUGAAAGAGACAGAUGAAUACAAGAAAGCACAAGAAGAAGAAUGGGAGUCAAGGCAACGGCAGUUACAGCUUCAGGCAGAAGAAGCUCAGAGGCAACGUAAGAGAAGAAAGUUAGCAAACACGCGACAAUUGGAGAUGGAAAGAAGACAAAAGGAGAGGGUAGAGGAAGUGAGAGAGACACAGAAGAAGGAUGAAGAAAGCAUGAACAUGAAGGAGAAAGUCCGUGCAGAAAUAACCAAAUCACUUAAAGUUCUUGAACUCAAAUGCAUUAACAUGGCAUCGUUGCUUAGAGGUUUGGGGAUUCCGGUUAAUGGUGGAAUAUCUCCUCCGCCACAAGAGGUACAUGCAGCUUACAAACGAGCUUUACUGAAAUUUCAUCCGGACAGAGCUUCAGGAGGUGACAUUAAACAGCAAGUCGAAGCAGAAGAAAAAUUUAAGCUCAUUGCUCGGAUGAAGGACAAAUUUUUAUUGUAACAUUGACCAAAGAAGCUUUUUAUAAAAUCACUUGUUUUUUUUUUUUUUGAAAUUCUAGGAAUGAUGAUUCCCUGUAAAUCAGUUUCUUCUUUAAAAGAAAAUGUAUCCAACAAAAAAACCAAAUUAUUGGUUUAAAGAGUAGAACACCAAGAAUUGAUUGGUAUUAUUAUUUA